AUGUCUCGCCCAAAUACACAUGCAAAAAAUGCUCACCAGCAUCCUGGUCAAAUUAUCUUGGAUGCGCAGUCUAAAAGACAAUCUUGUGCCGAAGUUGAAGAAGAAAAGGUUAGGAAGAGGAUAACACGCGAAGAAGUUGAGCUUGGAACUCGAGCAGCACUUGAGCCCAUUGCAACUGUUGAGAGUAGGCAGGCGAGAGAGGACAAUGACAUGCAUAUGCACAUGUUACCACCAUCUCAGUGGCGUAUCAUCCGUCCCACCGGUGAGGAGCCUGUGAUCAACAAGUCCUUCCCACUAGUCGACAAAUCUGAGCUCGAACUUGGAAAUCCUAACCUGGCUGUUAAUGAUGAAGAAGACACUAUCAGCAUAUCCAACCAUCAAGGUGCUGCAAAAGCAGCCUGCUGCUGUGGGGACAAAACAAAACUCCAAGUCAAUGGUUCAUCAGAUAAACGCCUGGCUAAGAACAUGAGGCCUGAUGGGAAACAGAAGUCACACAGCAGAACAUUGGAGCCUGAAGAAAUCCACAAGCCAGCCGGCAUUGAAAGAUGGGCCAACAAGGUCCCUGCACGUGGAGCUCAAACCAAGGAUGAAGAGGAGACUGAGUAUCAGGAAGGGGGGUUUGAAGAUGAAGAUGAGAUAGAAGGACGUGAGGCUAUGGUUGGAAAAAAGUGGACAACAGCAUCAAGCAUGGUAAAGAUUGAUCGCAUAAUGUCCCUUGCACCGGUCUCAAAAUGCAUCAAAGCAGAAAAUGGUCGUGCUAUUGGUAUCAAAUCCAAGAACUCCGACUUGCCAUAUGGCUGCCUUGAAGGAGGACAGUGGCGGUCUGUAUUUGUGCCAACUUAUACAAAAUGGCUUGGUACAACCAAUAAUCCAUGGUGCACCACUGACAAUGCAGCCUUAUCAGCUUUACAGACAACCUGGGAAAGAGUCUUCCCGGAUAUCUCAUACUCUGUGUCUAUUCACGAUCCAGUCUAUUGUGUACUUAGCCAAUGCUUCUCUGAAUGUAGUGACCCCGAGUUCAAUACAUAUGAGGCACGUCAGGACUUUUCAAAGGCAAUGCUCGACCAGCUAUAUUUCCUCUACGCUGACACCAGCAAUUCAUCUCAACUUUGUGGUGUUUUCCGCUCUGAAUUUAUUCUACAAACAUUUGCAUCCCAUCUCAACACAAUUAGUACUGCAGUUGAUAUACAAGCACUGGAGCGGGCCAGAUCCAAAACAGACAUUGGAAAAUAUCCGCCACGGGGUGCAUUAGCCAUUUGUGCGGCUGCGGUUGAGCGCGUGUUUACCCUUUGGGCUAAGGCUGAUAUGCAGUGGGAGCCCAUUGAUGACACUCACGAAAAGGGCAAAGGUAAACAGGCCCAAGCAAUAUUGAAACCGGCACCCAAGCUCAACAUGGCCACAGGCAAGGCAACUGGUAGUCAUGCAACAUUUUCUGAUGUUAACUGGGGCCCAAAAACCCGCAGCUAUUAUGACUCCAUUUGUAAACUCAAAGAUGGCUUGCUGGACAAUAUUGUGAAGAAGGCUCUUACCUACACAAAGGGGCACCUCAAAUUAAAGGAACAAGAGGAUAGCACUGGCCAGUCUAUGGACCCCCGGGCUUUUUUGAUGGAUUUAUAG